GCAGCUGCUCGAGCGGCGGAAGGAAGGAAGCGGUCGCCGGCCUGGGCAGCUGCUCCUUCCUGCCUUUGCAGCGCAGCCGCCCUCCGGUUCUUGCAGGAGCUACGCACGUCCGGACAUGGGCGAUGUGGGUGGCGCAGCUGCUCCGCCACCGACCCUGGCUGGCUGGCUGGCACCUCCGGGGGGCUGGGCCUGCCUCGGGCGCCUGCCUCCGCAAAGCCGGUCUCCCGGAGCUUCGUCCCCCCGCGCCGCCGAGGGAUCAGCGCUGCGGCAUGGCCGGGUCUUCCCAGAACGCCUUUUAUAAGCACUUGGCAAAGAAGGAAGAAGGGAAGACAGUUAUCUGCAUCGAGGGGAAUAUUGCUAGUGGGAAAACAACCUGCCUGGAAUAUUUUGCUAAAAACACUGGCAUUGAGGUAUUGCCAGAACCAGUAUCUAAAUGGAGGAAUGUUCGUGGUCAUAACCCUCUGGGUUUAAUGUAUCAAGAUGCAACACGGUGGGGGUUGACACUACAGACUUACGUGCAGUUGACUAUGUUGGAGCAGCAUACAAGACCAAUGAUUUCUCCUAUAAGAAUGAUGGAGAGGUCAAUUUACAGUGCAAAAUACAUUUUUGUGGAGAACUUAUAUCGCAGUGGGAAAAUGCCAGAAGUAGAUUAUGUCAUCCUGACUGAAUGGUUUGACUGGAUCCUCAAGAACAUGAACGUGUCAGUUGAUCUGAUAGUUUAUCUACAAACUUCUCCUGGCAUGUGUUACCAGAGACUCAAGCGGAGGUGCAGGGAAGAGGAAAAGGUCAUUCCCCUGGAAUAUUUAGAAGCUAUUCAUCAGCUUUAUGAAGACUGGCUCAUUAAACAAACAUUGUUCAAAGUCCCUUCUCCUGUGCUUGUGCUGCAGGCUGACCAUGACCUGCAGGAAAUGAUGGAGAAAUAUAAAGAGAAUCAGGACCAAAUCUUAAUGCUGGACCACACACAACGCCAUCUGAAGGAUUAGCUGUCUCUUACUAUGGACAAGGCGCUGUUCCCCAAAGCAACUUCCCAGGUGGUGCUUGUAAACCUGAGGGCAUUCUGAGAAGCUUUACAGAGUUGUCCAAGUGUUGGAAUUACAGAAUUGCGGAAAAGGCCUUCCAGCUUCAUGCAAGAUGACCCACCCUGAGCAAGACUGCAGCCUAGUCUUGGAAAGAGCUGGCUUCUGCACAGAGGAGUCCCCUCUCCAUCCUCAGCCCCUUCCCUGCUUUUGGUCUCCCCCUCCCUUGAGGAGUGAAGUAUAAGAAUCAUCUACAAGGGAGUAAAUACAUGCAUAUAAGUUGUGGCUAUUUCUUCUCUUUCACAGCAGCCCUUCUAUUUUUAUAAGCUUGCACUUUCGCUGCCAGUGAGAACUGAGAGAUUCACAAAUGAUGGAGAAAUAUGAAGAGAAUCAGAACCAAAUGUGUAGCUAUUGCUUAAUUACUUCUGCUGUCAGCAGAUCCUGCUGUUUGGAGUUAGCAAAUGUAUAGCUUGCUUCCUGAGAGAGCCUGCCUCAAAUGCAAUCACAUUUAAAUCUUAUUUUUUUUAAAAAGGAAUUUUAAUACAGGAGGGGUGGCAAAGAAAACAACUGGCCAGGCUUACUACUCAUGACAUACAUCUUAAUAUUUUAUGUAUACUAAAAACUUUAUACAGUACGGGAUAGUUCAGUUCUUUUCCACCCAGGAAUACGUAAAUUGCAUAAAUUAUAUGAAACAGGUAAAGCAGCAAACUGAUGGUGUUGACAACCAAAGCUGGGUUGUUGUCAGAAUUCAUCUCUGGGGCCCACUUUUGAUGGCCCUGACCCACUCCUGAGCACCACCCCAGGCAACCCAGCUGGGAUCAAGAUGUUUUUGCCUCUCACCCUUCCUCUCUUCCAAGGGCGGAUACUUCCCAGGUGUCCCCACAUUGAGCCUUAGUUAGCCCAUUGGCGAGAUGGUUUCUUCUGGUAAGAAGAGGCACCACUAUGGCUGAUGGCCUCCAAGAAACAAUCAGGAAGAGCUGCUGCUGGAAGAGGGAGAAAGUGAGACAAGCAAAAGUGCCCCAACCCCGACCAGGUUACCUUGCCCUGACCAGUGAACAAAAAGACCAUUAGAAGCGCCUGAAUUAUUUGCAUGGCCCUGUCUGGGCAGGAUGGGAGUGAACCUGCUCCAACCCCCAGCCUCGCUUUGAGAACUCCCAUUUACUUUAUAUUCCCUAAAAGUCAGUUUAUUUGGAAUUACUUCUUUAUAGAAUUUUGUAUUUGAUAUUAAGAGUUGGGUUCAAACAAUAGUCACGCUGGAUCAGUGACUUAUGUGAGCUGUAGGUAAAUGAUGGAGAGCAUGCAAAUCUUUUAAAUUUGCCUUAAACUAUUACCUAGUCUGGGCUAAAACAUUGCCCUUAACUGAGGUGGGAAGAUGAGUAUAAAUUUUGGUUCUGGAAUAGAACAUGUGUUGAAGGUACAUAUUUGCACUGAAGAGAAUAUGAGUUUGCUCAAUUUCUUACCCCCCCCCUUUUGUACAAAUGAUUUUAUUAAUGAGUGUAGAACUUUCUGUUCAGCAUGUUGUAAAACUCUUGACUAUUUACUAAAACUGCAGUUUACCAGGAUAAGGAGAACGGCAGAUGUGAUUCCAAGAGAUUUAUCAUUCCUUUCCUUACUACUUCAUUAAAAAUGUCUCAUGCAUUAUUAUCUCAAAUACUUACUGCAAUUAAAGAGAACAACUGUCCACUUGUUA